GCCCUGCUCCUGGAUGCGCCAAUGGCCCCGGUCUUCGGCGGAGCCCUUAGCAGCUAGCCCGCGCAAUCUCCCGUCUGAAGGACGGCCCCCGAGGGAGAUCAGGCCCACUUUUGCCCUCCAACGGACAUCGUGUUUGUCGCACCAUAGUGUUGAGCAAGAGACAUGUCAUUCAGCACCGUACCUCGCUGUCGCCAAAUCGAGUCCUGGCUGCAUCACCAGCAGAAGACCUUGCACUGAAAUCAGGCCAUGGGAUUGUCCAAUUACUCCGCUGCCCUUGUACCCAGCGUGGCUCAGCAAAAGCAACAAUGGGCUCGUAGCAGACAGACGUUACACGACUCAUCACGCGAUAGCUGUACAAGCACAUGUCGACCCCUGGAAAAAAUAUUAUCAGAGGAUACUGCCCUGGGGCACAAUGUAUUCUCCGAGCUGUCAAUAAUUUACCAGCCGUCGUCCCUGCCUGGGCACAGCACCAGGGAGCCUCAGCAACAAUGCAGGAUCCCGUCAAGUUCGGGGCACAAACCACAACAAUGGAUCACCCUCGACCUUGCUGCGGUUUUUUCUUCUGCUGAACUCGGCUCUACUCGAAAGCACCGCCCUGCAUGUUAUAAACUUGCCGAUGGCUCAUCACCCGUGCCUGGACCGCCCGCCUGUUUCACCUUCUAUCGACGGGAGCAGCGUCAUCGACGAUCUUCAUCUAGCCGAUCUUCAUACCCGGGAAACCUCGCAUCACUGCCAUGUUGAUAUACCGGCCCGGGUCUCACUGUGCCGUGUUUCACA